CUUUCUAUACAUAAAAUCUUUAAAUAUUUUUAGGUUUAGUCUAUAUGAAUAUUAAAGGGCCACUGUCUGUUAGUCGACUGUUUAUGUCACCACCACAAAUAGUGACAUAUUUAUAGUCUCCGUUUUCGUGGACUUCAUCAGCAUAUCAUUAACUUUGAAUGGCCUUGUAAUGUAGUUUAUGUUCAGGUUGGCAGCCAUAUUGAAAACAUAAACCCAUCACAAAAGUUAUGUUUUAGUGAGCAGCCCACUAUUACUCAACACCAACAACAUUAACAGAGAAGCUACUUCACAUUCUCUUCAUUAUACAGUUUCAAUAUCUUUGUUGUAGAGUAGUGUGCUGACUGUUAACUAUUCAAUAAAAUGGGAUGAGAACCAUGCUAAAACUCGAUAACAAUAUGAAAAAAAAUAUGACAAUGUUUACCAGAUUUGCAAAAGUAAAGUACACACACAUUGUUGCAUUUACCCCUCACAAGAGGGAAUAAGUUUUGCCAUAUGUUCCAGAUAAUGAUUUUUCCAAGAAACUGAAAACCAAAAUAAAUUUUUAGAAUUGCAGAUCUCAAGACUUAAGCUUUAUCUGCAAUGUACCUGAGUUUAAAAGUCAAUGGAAGAAUGAGUUUUUCAAAAACCUUAAGUGGACUGAUAUUCUGUUUAAUGGAGUGCUCUUUUAAACUUUUUAACUUGAUCCUUUUAACAUAGAGAAGUAUGUUUAAUAGGAGUCUCAGCUAUAUGACCUGUAUAAAAUUCCAUUAACAGUAUUAAAACUCAGCAAUCCAUGUGAAAGGGUUCACCAGACUUCUAUAUAAAUUACUGAACUAUGAAGAAGUAAAAAUGUUAAAUAUACCAGUAUUUACAUCCUGGUUGUAUCUUUUCCAUUUUGAUUGGUUCAAAUGUUGUUGAAUGACCUUGCUAAUGUUAACUCUCAUCUAUGCACUGCAUAUUACACUUUAUCCACAAAAACUCUGACUAUCAUUGAUUGUAUAAUAAUAAGAAAGAGUGACAAAAAACAUCUACAAGAAUCAAGCUCAUUAUAUUCAACUGUUAAAACACACAUUCAUACAAUCUAACAACUGGAUUUAAAUAAGAACACAUCAUUAAGUUGGAUAUCAAACAAUAUCAUUGGAAACGAUCGUAUACUUCACUACAUGGUGAACUGCAUGAGCAGUGGGGACAUUCUGCCAAUAUUAAAUCAGUAGUGAAGCAGGCAUCGAACCAUUAUUAUAUGAAUCUGAAGCAUGAACAUAUAAGACUAAAAGAACUAAGACCGUACAUUGUGCAUCAUAACACUAAUUUAAAAACAAUAAUUGAGUUUAUACAGAAAGUUCAGUUUUAAAAUGGGUUAUAAUUUGUUUCCAAAGGGUUGGGCCAUUAAAAUUUUAAUGUUAUUGGCCUAUAUAUGUUUUUUUGUAGACACAGCUGCUUACUUUUAUGUUACUGUAUGGAUUAUUAUCAAGAAUAGUUUACCCUCAAAUUUUCCAAGUACUUGCAGUGGUUCUUGGACUGCGUGUUUUAUCCCAAUUAUCCAAUUGAGGCUGCUUAUUUUUUUUGUCCCACUGUGCUUACCUGUGAUAUGUCAGAAAUCAACGAAACAUUGUGCAUUGCUUUUGUUUAGCCUGUUAACCAUUCUUUGGGCUUUAUAUAUUGUGACUGUGUCCUACUUUUUCAUGACAUGUACUAAUGUCAUAUUCAAAGUCAAUAGUCCUUUGUACAAAUUCUUGUUCAUUGUAUUAAUUACAAACAUAAUUCAUGUAUUAAUAUCUGCAUAUAUAUUGUAUAGAUUGAAUCAUUCAAGUAGUUCAGAGACAAAUCCCAACAGAGAUCAAUUUCAAUUACCCUACAAAAGUUCUCGAUGUUAUGGUUGCAUGUAUGUCACAUACAUUGUUGCCUACAUUGGGACGGUCAUGGUGACAGUGUUGUGCCUUAUUAUUGUACUUGGAGAUUAUCCUUCAGCAGUUAUGGAGAACUUGGACAAACUUGAACUGUACUUUGUAAAGAAAGGAGCCUUAAAUAACCCUUACACCGAUGGGACUGUUAUGGGAGCAGAUUGGUCUAAUAGGACUUAUAUUAUCCACAGGAAUGACAUGUUGCAUAUAUCUGGUUUGGAUGUUGUAAAAUCAUCAGAUGGUUUCAUUAAGUGGACUUGUCGUAACGUGACAAUGUAUAAUAUUCCGAAAGAAUUCAACAAACUUUGUGAUGACUGCAAUGAUGAAGUAAACUUUUUAUAUGAAUUGAUAGUUGCAGAUAAAGCGGACUUUUACAAGAAACCUACAGUACAUUACAAUAUCAAAAUUAGGAAUACAAAUAUUGAAAGUGAAACUGGACCAAACCUUGAAUGGAGAUACCUGAAUAUGUCGGAUACAAACUAUGAUAUAAAUGUCCUUUUGCAAAACAAAGACCCUGCCCUGGAUAUAAACACUGCAGUAUAUGUCGUUUUUUACAGGCCACCAACGGACCAGAUCAAAUUAAUAGAACGUUACCCUACAUGUUCUGGGAGUUAAGAAGGAUUCAUAUAAAGGCUGUCCUUUUUUGUUGUUUUAUUUUUGUGACUCAUUUUUUGAUUGAAAAAUACUGAUGUUUUGUGAAAGUUCCAGUAAUCAAGGUGACGGUUCUUAUUAAUACAUUUACAGAUUGGCCCACAAAAUGUAAGCCUAUAUGUCAUAUUUAAAGUGACACUGUCUGUAGUUCUAGUUAAUAUAUUGGUUGUCCCAAAAAAAUGAGCCACCUUUGACAAGUAUUAUCUCGGCAACUGAUAAACUAAAUUCACUGAAAAUUUGUACAAAGUAUCCUAAGAGUAUUAUGAGCAAGUUGUAAAAAUAUAAAAAAGAUCAAGUAAAUAUUCUGUGAGUACUAAGAAAUUCAAUAUAAUUCUGAUAUGAGACCUCUAUACUGUUUGUACCAGCUAUC